AUGAUUCUAUUUUAUCUAUUAUUUCAGGUAUUAUCUCACCCACUUCUCAAAAAGUCGUUAAAUAAAGAAGAGAUUUUAUCAUACAACAUAACAGAGACAACACCAAAGCAUUUUAAGAACACUUUAUUAGGGUUUGUCACACCAUGGAAUCUUCAUGGUCUUAGUGCACUUGAGAAGAAUAAGCACAAAAUUGACAUUGCUUCUCCUGUCCUAUAUACUGUAUCAUUUAUUGAUGGGCAUUACAAAAUAAGAGGAGAUGAUGAACUUAAAAUCGAUGGGUAUCCGCGUUAUUCAUUUGAAUCAGUUGAACAACCGCUUGAUGUUGUUGGCAAACUAAUAAAAGAGCAUUGCAAAGCACACAAUUAUAAAGGAUUAGUUGUUGAUGGUGUGUUUUCUAUUUAUUCCCAUUUCAGAAAACAAGCAACAGACCAACUCAUUUUGUUAUUUAAAGAACUUGACGGGCUUGAUAUUAUCAUUGCAGUCCACCCAUUCUCAUAUUUUACUUAUAAGGAAGUUGAAGCUACAAAGAAAUACGUGAAGAUGUACGUCGUGAUGACGUACGACUACUUCAAUCCAAAUCAGAACAAAAACACUUUUAAUGCGCCAAUCGACUUUAUUGACAAAGCAAUGAAAUCACUUGGCGCAAAAGGACCUCAAUUCGCUAUUGGCAUUAACUUCUAUGGAUAUGCCUUUUGUAAUGGAAGAGGGAAAGUCGUCGUCGACAGAAAGUCGUAUUUUGAUUGGCUGAAGAUGUCUUAUGGACAGAUCAAGUGGCACGACGAAGAGGAGGAACACACGUUUAUAUCACAAGAUUGUGUAGUGAAUUACCCGACGCUGCUCUACUUGAAAAAACGAAUAGACUACGCAGAAUUAUAUAAUUAUAGUAUUAGUAUAUGGGAACUUGGCCAAGGUCUUGAUUACUUCCUUGAUGUUUUCUAG